UCACUGGCCAGGUUGCACGCAUUGUGGAAGACCAGUAAGAUGGAGGCGCGAGCUGGGCUUGGGGUGUCGGGGACGACGCGCGCUCUCACGCUCCUCUUCAUCAUCGUCACCGCCGUUGCUCUUGUCGUGCCCGAGACUGAUCAGGGAGGCAACGCGACCAGUAACAGCACACCUUUAGGAAACUUAACAGUAAUUACUGAAAAUGAACAAGCCAAUAUUCCCAUCGAUGUGACGUCACAACGACUUGAAAGUAAAAAGACAAAUCCAAGCAUGACUACUACAUCUCCGACCACUAACAGUACACCUGCAACCACUCCGAAACCUGCUCCAACGAAAAUAGUGGGAAUUGCAACCAAGAGUACUGUACACUUUACAAACACAACACACAAAGUAACUGCUGGCCAAAGUACUGACCAAGUGAGACCACCCUUAAAAGAUGCAUCAAUAGUGAAAGAUAACAUGAAUGGAGAUGGACAAGAUUCAGAAAUAAUGGUAAUUGACACAGAUAUUGAAGGGGAUGAAACCAUAACUUCUAAUACAGAUCCAGAGAGGAUGGAUGAAAUGACAGAUAACCAAUUGCUGCUUGUUGAACAAGGUAAUUCUCCAUCCUAUUAUGAAUCAGAUGACGACAAAGCGGCAGAGGAGUAUUUUGAUAUGAACCAAGAAGAUGAGAAUGAUCUGGAAAGUGAAGAUGUGGGCGAACCUCCUGAGCUCCCUGAUCAACCAAUAUACUCCUCUGCGCCUGAAGAAGAUAGUCACUUCUUUUUCUACCUGGUUGCUGCUGCUUUUCUGAUUGCUAUUGUUUACAUUACAUAUCACAACAAAAGAAAGAUUUACAUUCUCUUAGUUCAAAGCAGACGAUGGAAGGAUAGUCUGUGCUCAAGGACAAUUGAAUACCAGCGGUUGGACCAAAACAUACAUGAUGCUAUGCCAUCACUUAAGAUUACAAAGGACUACAUUUUCUAAAUGCAUUAUUUCCAACUUUAUAUUAAAAAGUCACUGCAGUUGCAUUUGUUUCAUUUUUUAAAAUAGUUUUGCUGAAGGAACAAUGCAAAUCUAAACUAAAAUAUAGAUUAUGCAUGCUCCCCUCUUUAGCAUUAAAAAAUUCUUCACACUUUCAAAAAAAGUCAAAUCCAAAAAUAAUGAAAUUGCUAGUCUUUAAGAACACACCUAAAAGAAUAGUUUCUGAAAUGGUUCUCUGAAUCAUUGUACCUAUUGUCAUUGCAUCAAAAAUGCUUUGGAUGGUGGCUGCUGAGAUCAGAGUGGUUAGGAAAAACAAUCUACCUUAAGUUGCCGAUAAAUGAAUCAUAUCUGAACUAUAUUUUAAAUCAAAUGCUUUGUUUUUUGCCUUUUAGGAUUUAAACGUUCAUAAACUCUAGUGUCUGAAAACUGGACAGCUGACUGUCACCAGCUAGCUUAGUAGAAUUUUACACAUGAUUAGUAUUUACAUCCAAUUCAGUUUUCUUAAAAAAAGGUUCAAUGGGUAGAAGUUACAUACCUACUUUUUAGUAAUGGGCUGUUGAUUGUUUAGUAAAUUUAAAAGGUUUCGACUAAAAUUGGUACAUAGUCAUGAAAAGUGAUGACAAAAGUGAAUUCUUUGGGUGUCAUAUCACUGUUUGUCUUAAUACCCUUUGCUAUUAAAAUAUUACCUGUAGCGUUAAAUGAUACACCAGCCAAUACCAGGGUAAUAUAUAUAUUAUAAUAUCUAAAAUAUAUAUAUUACCUGGAGCCUUAGCAAAAUGCCUCAAUUUGAAAAUGCUUAUUGCCCCUCCCCAUCAUUCCAAAGUACCUAUGUAUUGAAAUGUGAAAAACAUUUUAUUAGCUUUUUAGAAUAUAUCGUUAGCAGCAUGGUACUUUAGUUUGCAAUAUUCAGUACAUUCUCUUAAAUUGUGUACUUAAUUUUUAGUUUACAAAGUUUUUUUUUCCUUGUGUAGAUACGUGUUUCAAUGCAAGAAGUAUGAAACGGUUAACUCAGUACACUAUCUGUUUGGUUCAGAAAACUUUUUUUUACUGAAAAUGAUUUCUGGGAUAGGCUACUAUUACCCAUGUGACAUUGUAAGUUUUCAUUUUGAAAAAUAUAUGAUUCAGUUAACUAAAUGUGUAUUUAAGAAAUUGUCAAAUUUUUGAUGUAAGAUCAACAUGGCAGUAAAAUUGGUUGGCUUAAAAUGAUUGCAGUGGGUGAUUGGGAGGUGAUGGUUGCUGAAGUGUUUAGUCUGCUUUGAUCAGUGUUUACAUGCACAUUUGACCUUUUGGUGUUUGUGAGAAGCAUUGAGAAAAGAAGCACAAUGAAUCAUAAGUUGUUGAAAUAUGGUAGCCUUUUUGUACCUAACUUCUGUAUGGUUUAAUAAAGUUUCUGAAUUAUU